AUGUCCGCAGACCUGUUUGCUGAGUUUGGGUUCGGAGCGCCUUCCAAUCAAGCUGCGAACAAUCAGAAUUUCACAUCUUCUCGCUCUCAAACGGGUUCGUUGAUUCCCGGUCUGGAGACGGUGCAAGAUGCUCCGCGCUCAAGUUCCCACCAGCCGAAUGCUUCCGGUCCAGUUCAUUCACAACCACUACGCGAUCGUUCAGAUUCAUUUGGGGACUUCCAUAGCCCUCAACUGACCUCGCACGACCAAGGCGGUGAUGUGCUAUUCGAUGCCACAUUAGAGAAUGUUCCGGACAGUGAAAGUGAAGAUUGGGGAGAGUUUGAAACAGCUGAUGCUACACCUAGCCAGAUUACGGCGACUGGGCUUCCUCAGUCUCAGAAACCCGUAGCUAAAUCGGUCAAUAGCAAUACGAGUCAGCCUAGUCGCUCUCCGGCGCAGGUUAAUCAACUUGACUUAUUGGACUCGUUGUCUAUCCAAGACAGCCCUCCUGUUUCACAUAAGCCCACAAGUUGUGGUGGAGUUCGUACUUUGAACAAGCCUGCUUCGCCUGCAACGUCCAAUAUCCUUGCACCGGACGACCCGUUUGAAGAGUGGGAUGACUUCGUCGAUGGGCCCCCUGCAGAAGCUCCCAAAUCGAAACCAACUCAAAGGCCCACCUCGAAGAAACCAACGAAACCAGAGCCCAAGCCUACGCAAACUUUUGGAGUUGUGGAAAGUUCAGUCCCUGCCGGUCAGGUACGACCGACCAACAUUCCCCCGCCGUCUGUCUUACUGGAGCUCUUCCCUCGAUUGUUUGAGGAACUCCGGGAGGAGGCAAGUUCUGCGCGGAGAAAUCCCCAACAACCCGAGCUUAUGGAAAAGGCUGCAUCGAGGAUUACGUGUACUUUGAAAGCUGCGGCUCGAGUAGUUGCAGGCCGUACUUUGCGAUGGAAGAGAGACACAAUUCUCAGUCAAAGCAUGAAGAUUGGGCCCGCGCGGGCCGGAAAAUCCGGGGGAAUGAAGCUGAACACUGUCAACAAGAACGAAGACAUCAAAGAGCAGCAGGAGGCCGUCGAUGUAAUUGCCAUGUGGCGUGAACGGGCGGCUCUCUUUAACUCUGUCAUCCAAGCGUCGGGACGACGUCCGGUUCAGAUCGUCUCGGAAAACACCCGGGCCAUGACUGCAACCGCUGCACAGGGAGCCAUCAAGGCAUCACAUGCCUGUGCGCUGUGCGGCUUGAAACGAGAUGAACGCCUCCCUAAAUUUGAUGAGGGUGUGGAGGACAGCUUUGGGGAGUGGUGGACGGAUCACUGGGGACAUACCGACUGUCGGCUGUUCUGGGAGAACAACAUGGGCAUGUUGCGCCAACGAUGA